CUCCCUCUCCAUCUCCAUCCCCAUCUCUAUAUAAACCCCACAACCCUCUUUCCAAAAAUCAAGCAACAAUUAAUAUACUGAAUACAGUGUAAUAAGAAAACAGGGGACAUGAUGGAUGGAGUUUUCUCGACAGAGGGUUUCAUGGCAGUUUUUGCAGUUACAGGGAGCGUUGCUUUGCUGUCGAUGCAGGCACACAGACGCCUGCUCUCUGAUUUCAUCUCAAAAUUGGAUUCUCAGAUCAUCCACAUUAAUGGUGGCGUGACAAAUGAGCCAAAGAAGAAGGUCAGAUUUGCCGGCGAGAUACCCUACGUGAGAGACCAUCCGGCGGCUGCCGCCGCCGCCGGAAAAAUUGAAGAAAGUUUGGAGGGGAUGCCGGAAAAUUGGCAGGUGCUGUACAAAGGGAUCUUGAAGCAUAGGAAUCGUAGGUUGUAAUACUGUCGACGACUUUAUGUAAUUAUUACGAUAGCCAGUAAUUUUUUUUAUUAUUAUUAUUAUUUUUUAAAGUUUUAGUUACAAAAUAAGCAGAAAUAUGUAAAUUAUGGACCUUUUAUUUUUAUAUUGGAUAUAAAAGUUUGGGCAUUAAAA